AUGACUUCGGAUUACACCCACCUCACCGGAAUCCACGCGGAAUCGGGAGAGCGAGUCUCCAUGGCACGAGGAUUGCAGGUCUUCUCGGACCAGCUACCCGAGGAGGAGGAGUGGCAUGCGCAGUCGCCAUCCAUUUCCAGGCCCAUCAGCCUUCAUGCUGUGCCAACCCAUCCAACUGAUCUCAACCUCCUUGGCCAGCCACUGGGGAUGUGCAGAAGUCAGCUGGACAGUCCCAUGGGCUGGGAUGGCAGUGGAUUCUGCAGCUACAGCAUGAGAGAUGUGCAUCAACAGGGCGUUUGUGUGAUGCUCAGCCCAACCUUUCGGGAAAUGGCCAAAUUCGAGGAUGGCCUCGACAUCGCCGGUGUGUCCGGCUACACCGAAGGACGAGCAGCGCGGCACUGGUGCUUGCCCGUUUGGGCCUUUGCGGCAGCCGUGGAACGAGAUCCCAAAGGCAUGGAGGACUUGGGCUUGGACUGCCUCAAUACCAACAGCAAGGUGAGAGAUAUCCUCAGGCAAAACGUCAUCCUGCAGGGCCCCAGCAAGAGUUACUUCACGAAGCCCGCCGCAGAGAUCUUGGAAGACCGAUGCACGCCUGAGGGCAUUCGAUUGCAUGCACAGCGGAAGCACGAGCGGGAGAAGUGGCUUCCGCAAGAGCAAGCUUGUGUCAACAAGAAGUACAAGAUCUCGCAGCAGGACAUCGUUGGCUGGUGGGAUGAGAACGAGCACAAGUGCUACGAAGGCUUCUACGACCAGAAUGGCAUUUGGGUGUGGCUCUUGGAGAGGGGAUGUGGAGGUGUGCCACAAUCGUUGAGCCGUCUGAGCAAAGAGCGGGUGGAGCAGGUGCUGGAGCAGGAUGAGAGCAUCGCCAGCAAACUCGUCUCCGAGGCUUCGGCGGCGGUGGCGGUGGCGGUGCUGCCGUGGCUGUGGGCGGUGGUGGUGGCGGCGGCGGCGGUGGAGAAGCCGCUGCGAAGAAGGAUGUUCAUCCAAUCUUUGGCUCCAGCUCCUGUGAACCCGUCUCAACGGGCGGCGAUUGAUGGUCUGAAGUUUGCACUGGAGAAAAUCCAGGGGCCUCCGGGCACGGGGAAGUCCACGACGAUCUUCCACAUCUUGGACGCACGGGUGCCACGAGGUUCCAGAGUCUUGGUCACCUGCUCCCGGAAUGUGGCGGUGGAAUCGAUCGCCCAGAAGCUCUCGGGUUUGGAGGACUGGCCCCUCUGCGUCUUCGGCCCUCGCGAUCGCGUGGGGGAAUCUGCACGCAGAUACCUGCUGGAUUCUCAGGUUCAGAUCAUGGUCACCAGCAAGCUCUCCUCCUUCGAGCGCCGCCAAACGCUCCGCGACGUCUUCAUCAGCUGCGCGGCGCGUGUGGCGACGUUGGAGCACGAUGUGGAGCAACUCUUCUUCUUGGGCGAUGCAGCAGAUGUGGAUGAGGAGCUACGAUUGGGCUUGAAGGAAGAAGGAGCCAGGUUCAACGACCUGGUUUUCGUGGGAGGCCCCGACGCGGACCCGGCGGUGGAGCGCGACGUGACGUACGUCCUUGAACGCCCCACGGCACGGGGGUUCCGCCUGGCCAUUGGCACGGCGUGGCUCGCGGAGCACCGGCCGGACCUGGACUACGUGAUGUACCUGGACGAUGACAGCUAUUUGCACCUCCCUCGCCUCCUCACUGCGCUGCAGGCGCACGGGAGCCCAUCGCUGGCCAUGGGCUACGUGAUGGAGACGCAGCUGGAUACCUUGGAGACGCACAUUUGUACGGUGUGCCCGUUGAAUUGUGAGGCAUGCCAAAAUGAUCCCUUUCUGAACGAGUUUUGCAGCCACUUUCCCUUGAUGUCGCUGGGCGGUUGCGCCUUCCUCAUUCACCAGUGCAAGUUGUUUGGGCAAGAUGAUGCUGAAGGAAAUUUGCAGGCCUGCGUGCAGAAAGCGCAGCGGAACACCAUGCAGGUGGUGCACUACUUCGGCAUGUUUGCACCCAAGUGGUUCCUGGGCAUGGGCUGGGUCUUUGGGCGGCGGAUCGUGCAGUUCUUGGCGAAGAACGCAGCCGACUUGAAGAAGCAUGGUGCUGCAGACGUGCAGCUGGGCUUCUGGCUGGCGCCCUUGGAGGGCGUACAUUGGGUGGAUCUUUGGUCAAACAAGGAUGGGAUGAGGUAUAUUGCAGAUGUUCUUUGCAUGUUCAUGGGGAGACCUCCCAACUAA